UUUUAAAAGCGCCCUAUAUGAGGUUGCGCUACCAUGUGGAGCUAAUAUUUGCUAAGUUAUACCUUUUCUCCAUAAAUGAAACUUGUUAAUUUGAAGACCAUUCCAUUGAUAAGCAUCGCAAACGUUUUGCAUGGUCAGUAAAGUAUUAUGGAAAAGAAGAAAAGUAGUUCAUCGGUUAUCCUUGAACUGAAAGAAUUAGUUGAUCAUAUCAAUAACACUAUUCCUGAUGUCCCAGGAAAACAACGUCUAGUUAGAAUGUGUCAAAAAGAGACGACUCAUUUUGAGUCGUUGCCGUCUGACUUAGCCGACGAUUCAGCUGCUUGUUCCAAUUUGCCAUAUUUCAAAGCGAUAACAACAAUCGCCAAUUCUUAUGGUAAUCGUCUUGUGGAUUUAUUAUGUCGUUAUCGUCUACCGUUGGAAUCAACUGUCAACAGUAGUAUUCAUGUACAUCAGUUUGGUGAUGAUGAUGAUGAUAAUCAUAAUAAUGUUGUCAGUUCUCUUAAUGCGAUUCAUUCAAAUAGUAAUGAUUAUUUAUUACGAUGCGAUAAACAAGACUCUCUGCUCAUUGAUUUAAUAUGUACACAAUCAGAUGAAGGUAUCGAUGAUUUUUCACGAUCUAGAACCUGUUAUGGUAAUGCAGAUGAAGCUAGUCUAUGGGCUCCUGCUUUGUGGAUUAAAGUUGUGACUCGUGAUUCAUCUCGUCUUAAUAAUGCUUGGCGAGGUGAAGCUUCUUCAAAACAUGUAGCUUGUUUGGGACGUCAAGCGGAAGAAUUAGUCCUAGCAUCUCACUGGUAUCAACGAGGUCAACCGAAAUAUUGGAUUCGUGUAAUUGUACAUUGGCUACCACAUGGAUCUUUCUGUGCUGAAAUCAAUGAUAUAGAUUCAGAUUUACGUGAAUAUCUUCAGAAUAUUGAUGUGACAUUACUUACUGGUUCUAAUCCAUGGAUCAAUAACUGUGAUAUUCCUACUAUCAUUUUCAAAAGUCCUAACUAUACUGUAUCUCUUAAAAAUUUAAUCUUACCUGUAUAUAAAUUCAAGAAAUUUUUAAAUAGUUUUACUGAAUACGAUAACACGUCUGGUGAUUUCAAACAAUUUAAAUUUGAAGCUAUAGAAAAGAUACUGUCAUUGUUGAAUAGAUUGUCCAAAACAGUUAAUCACGAAGAACAGAAGGCCAGUAUUCUUACUGAUGAAAUGUUAUUGUUUGAAGUGGAUGAUUCAUUGAAUUCCUUCAAAAUUACUUAUCCAAUGGAUGCAGUUUUACAGAAAUGUGCAUUAUGGCCAUUCCUAAUAGAUUCUUAUAGUCGUGUAGAUGAAGUGAAUCGUAUAAAUUUGGAUGUUUCAGCUUUGAUUGCUUUUGUCUCUGAACUGUCUCAAUUCAAUCCAACAUAUUCUCCUACUGAUCGAUUGAUAUCAAUUGACAAUAAUGAUAAUCAUGACGAAGCUGUAUCUGAUAAAAUUUUAGAAUGUUUACAAUCAGUAGAAAGACGUACACAAUUACUUUUGAACCAUCCUCCACUGAAACCAGAAAAAUUCGAAUGGCUAAUAAAAUCUGAAGCUGAAGUUCCAGUACUUCUAUCGAUGAAUAAAUAUCUUCGAGGCAAAGUACCCGUAGUAUGCUUAAGCGCUGUUCAUUCAUUUUUAAAUAUUCUUGCCUUAAUAUCUGGACUAAGUGAAUGGAAACGUGGAAUUCGAUUAAUUAGUCACUUAGUUAUAUUACCUGAUUUAAAUUCAUCAGGUGAAAUAAUUUCACCAUUUAGUAAAACAAGAGAAUCUAAGAAUUCCAAUUAUUUAUUAACUCAACGUAUCAUGGAAGUUGGCAAUGUAUUAGAAGCGCUGACAAUAACAUCCAAUGCUGGUUUCCUAAGAUCUGUUCGUAAAUCGAACCUUAGAUAUUCGGCAUUGUUGCUGCCUGCUCGUGCUCUAACAGAAACCACUCCACGAAAUGUUGGAUCAUCGUCAUGAGGUGGAUUAAUUUGACCAGAAAAAUUUACACUCGAUUUUCUCUAUUUUCUGUCCGUGUUAUCUAAAAAGAAGUCUUUUUUCAUUAUGACAAUCAACACACUUUUUUUCAAGAAUAACUUCUGUUUAUUCUUUAUUUUAUUUACAUUUAGCAGUGAGUAACAUGUUCUUUUUGAGAAAGGAUGUUUUGCGAUCAGUAAUUGGCAUUUAUUAGGGCUUGUGUUCAAAUAACAAAAGUAACUCCAUCAAAAGUCCUUCUGAUGCUUGUUAUUACCACUCGUCAUAUAAACAAAUUUCUUUUGUAAAUUUUAAACUUUGGUUUUGCAUGACGCAAGUCUUCUAACUCUUGAGACUGUGUAUUCCUAUUUCUAUCUAUUUACUAGACUCUCGUUUAUUUUGUUAACGACAAAUACAGUUUAACAGCUACUGAGUAAAA